CCCUCCCUUCUGAAUUAUUUCUCCUCUUCCCCCCCCCCCCAACCUGGUGCCUCCUAAUUCCUUGGUUUCCUCUGGUUUUCCUUGGACUCCGCCUUGUCAUGUCAAGAUGGAAGUCAGGCAUGACUGGCUCGCCUCUUCCCCCCACGAGGGCUUCGAGCAGCUGAGGCUGAAGAGCCGCCCCAAAGAGCCAUCCCCGAGCCUCCCCAGAGUAGGUGCCAACUUCUACAGCACUGUCAAGCAGCAGGACUUCAGUGCCAGUGUCUGGCUGAGGAGGAAAGACCAACUGGAGCAUUCCCAGCAAAAAUGCAUUGUGAUCUUUGCACUGGUGUGCUGCUUUGCGAUUCUGGUUGCACUGAUAUUUUCUGCAGUGGAUAUAAUGGGAGAAGAUGAGGAUGGACUCUCAGAAAAGAAUUGUCAAAAUAACUGUCGGGUUGCCCUUGUGGAAAACAUUCCUGAAGGUAUAAACUAUUCAGACAGUGCACCGUCCCACUUGUCUCUUUUCCAAGGCUGGAUGAAUUUGCUUAAUAUGGCUGAAAAGUCUGUUGACAUAGUAUCUUCCCAUUGGGACCUCCAUCACAGUCAUCCAUCUGCAUGUCAGGGUCAGCAUCUUUUUGAAAAAUUGCUAGAACUGGUAUCUCGAAAUAUUGAAAUAAAACUAGUGAGCGAUAUACUGCCCACCGAAUCAAAGGUAUUAAACGACUUGAAAACAAAGGGGAAGAGUGAAACAGGAUCCUGUGCUGAGGUGGCCAACAGAAUGGGGGGUGCAGAAGUGCUGUAUAUGAAUAUGACUGCUUAUAAUGAAGGUCGCCUUCAAUCAUCAUUCUGGAUUGUUGAUAAACAGCAUGUAUACAUUGGAAGUGCCAGCUUAGACUGGAGGUCAUUGGGACAGAUGAAAGAACUUGGUGUCAUUGUGUACAACUGCAGCUGCCUCGUCCUAGAUUUACAAAGGAUAUUUGCCUUGUAUAGCUCAUUAAAAUACAAGAAUAAAGUGCCUCCAAGUUGGUCUAAGAGAUUGUAUGGCGUAUAUGAUACACAAAAUAAACUGACGCUGCAGCUGAAUGAGACAAAAUCAGAAGUCUUUGUGUCGAAUUCUCCCAAACUCUUUUGUCCAAAAGACAGAGUCUUGGAUAUUGAAGCUAUCUACAACGUUAUAGAUGAUGCCAAACAGUUUGUUUAUAUAGCUGUCAUGGAUUACCUCCCUAUUGUCUUUGACACAAAUGCUAAAAGGUACUGGCCAUAUUUGGAUGGGAAGAUAAGAGAAGCACUAGUGUUACGAAAUAUUAAAGUCCGGCUCCUCAUAAGUUUCUCAAAAGACACAGAUCCCCUUACAUUUAACUUUGUUUCAUCUCUUAAAGCUAUUUGCACUGAGGUUCCCAGCUGUAGUUUAAAAGUUAAAUUUUUUGAUCUUGAAGAGGAGAAUGCUUGCUUUCUCAAAGAACAAAAAAAUACUUCCCUUCCCAAAUUAAACCGGAAUAAAUAUAUGGUGACUGAUGGAGCUGCUUAUAUUGGUAAUUUUGACUGGGUGGGAAAUGAUUUUACUCAAAAUGCAGGAGCUGGCCUCGUUAUCAACCAAGCAGACGUGGGGAACAACACAAGCAUCGUUAAGCAACUUAAAGCCGUGUUUGAAAGGGACUGGUAUUCACACUAUGCCAAAAGUUUGCAACCAACAAAAAUCCCAAACUGCUUAAACUACAAACUUAACAAAGCAGUGGCAAAUAAGACUGCCAUGAAUUAAAAAGACUAUUUUACUGUAUGAUGAAUGAAGAAAUACAUCAGGGCUGCUGUAACCCUAUUUCAUAUUUACAGAUAAGACUUAAAAAAAAGGCAAAAAACAAUUUUUUUAUUUUUAUUUUUAUUUUUUUUUUAGGAAAAA